AUGGCGAAAUUAUUUCGUGGGAGAGGGGAGGGGAGGAAGAUUGGUUGUCACCUAACCACAGGAAGCCCUGUCCAGCAUUAGAUAGCGUGAGAUGAUGAUCUUUCAUUUCCUAGUCAACUGAAAAAAAUCCCUACUUUUUAUUAUGGCUUGUAGGACAAAGGACGGCCAAAAAACCACAGGAAUCCCGGUCAUCGUGCUUGUCUCUUAGUUUUCAUGAUAUUCCAAAUACUUCAGAAAUCAAUAUUUUGUUCUUUAGUAUUGCCUUAUAAAAUUUACAAUGCUUGGUUAAGAUUUUUCCUUUAUUUGUACAAGAGUAGAUUACCAAAGACUGUCGCUAGCUUGUCGCUAGCUAGCUGUAGGGAGAUAUUGGGAGAUUGGGCAUUUCCCCCUUAUCAGUUUGGUGACGUCAUUACUUAAUGAAGACCACAGGAACCCCAGCGAGCGGUUAAAAGUGAAACUAAAAUGGGAGUAAAAUCAGGUCAUGGUCCAUUCUGGAAUGUGACGAGAUAAAAAAACCCUUCUGCUUCUGUUAACCUAAAAAAAUCCCUAGGAAGUUGCCCUCUAAUCUUAAGAUUACAGAUCAAUCUAUCAAGAGUCAAAGAAGACUUUACAAACCGCUUCUUUGAAGGAUUUCGAUAUCUUUUCAAGAUGGAGGAAGAACAAGAAACCAAGUUUUGUAGCAACUGUAAGAAAAAUAUUCCUGCAAAUAACUUUAUGGUGCAUGAGCAUCAUUGUCAACGCAAUAUCACUCGGUGUGAUCGGUGUCAAGAGCCAGUUCCCAAGUCCCAAUUAGACGAACAUAUUGAAGAGUACCAUGCUAAGGUCAAGUGUGAAUGCGGAGAAUCCAUGGAAAAGAUGCGCUUAGAUGAGCACAAGGAGGAUGACUGCAAGAGCCGUAAAACUACCUGUCCAUACUGCGAGCUAGAGUGUACUGUUGGAGAAAUUGAUUCCCAUAAGGAAUACUGUGGUAGUAGGACUGAAUUAUGUGAAAAGUGCAACUGCCGCAUUCAAUAUCGUGACCUAGAAGAACAUUUACAGAGUGAUUGUACAUUAAAUAGCAAUGAACCAAUUGCGAACAAUAAUUCUACUAAUGGGCCAAGCAGUCUACAAAAUGGGCUUAGCAGAAACCGCCCUGAACAAAUGGUGCAAAACUUUGGUUUUGGAGAUUUUGGUGGUAUAGCUUUAGCAGGAGGGCAUGAAGUAUUUCAGCGUUUGUUUACCUCAGGAUUUGGGACAUUACCAGUGGGAGACAGGUUUGGACAGGACCAAUUUUUCGAUAAUAGAAAUAUGUUCUCAACUAAUGUGGUGCCAAGAGAUAAUGUCAUUGCAAGGGGUCCUUCCAAUAACAGAAGGCAGGGAGAGGCAAGAAGAGAAAGAAAUAGUCAUUUUGUAGAUAAUCGAGUCAGGAAUGAUGACAGUGCUGCUCAGAGGAAUGAUCUUGAGAAAGAUGAGCUGAUGGCUGCAUUACUAGCAUGUGAAGAUGAUGGAGAUUUUACUGGUGGAGAGAGCUAUGCUGGAUUCAAGGAACCACUACCUGGAAUGAAUCAUUUGGAAGAUAAUCAUUAUAAUUACAUAGAGGAUGAUCAGGGUGCAGAUCUUGAUGAAACAGUUCUUCCUUGUGAAUUCUGUGGAGGGCUCGUCAAAGCCCAAGACCUCAUCCAACAUCAAACAGGUUGUCAACUGGUUUCAUCUGGUUCACCAAGUUUAUACCCACAGCUUAGAAGUCAACCACGUUCUCUGCCUCCCUUAGACCUUGAUCCAUGUUCAGAUGAAGACCAGGAACACAAUGGGGCUAUAGAACCUCAUUACGAGACGUUGCUUCCUUGUGAGUUCUGUCAAGAGCUGUUCCCAUCUGAUUCCCUCAUUGGUCACCAGAGCAUCUGUGAUCCUGAUAGAAGCCGUCCUGCUUCUGCCAUCCACACCUUCCAAGGUUCAUUCUUCGAAUCAGACCAACAAGGUCUCAACAAUUCUCCACCUCAGACUAGAAUCAGACCUCCUCGCCCCAGCAGACCAGUUGUUACCAGCGGAAGCCCUGACGAGCAAGAUGUGAAUUUAUUCCACCCUGCUUCGGAUUUGCGUCCUUCAAGAAGAGUAACAUCUGGCAAUGAAGGGAAUACUCGUCUGUUUAAUCCAGCUGGAGAUGACGACAACAGCAGUAGCAACAACAGAAACAUUAUCAGUAGCAGCAGCAAUGACAACAGCAGACGCUUAGCUUCAGGAAACUCUAGAUCUCAGAGGAACAACGAGGUUCAUUCUCGCCGCCGUGGACCACCUUCGAAUAGCGUGCCACUGACUGUCCGCAAUGGACAAGCAUCACGAGGCCCCAUGAAAACCCAAGUCAACAGGAAGACAACAAGCCAACAUCUGUCUCGACCUUCAAGAGUUGCUAGUGAUGAUAAAAAAGAGGAAUGCGUAGAUGUUUUACCAAAGCGGUCGUCACCUAAAGUUACAAGCUCCUCUAGAUAUGGUACCAAGUACAGCGGACUGCAAGAAAGUGGGAAGAACUCUCUCAACAAUGAUAAUGAGUUGUCUGUGUCAAGUGUUAAUGGAAGGUACAGGAAUGGGACAAGAAAUGAACCAACAGGAGAUGAACUUCCUUGGGAGAUGCGCCCAUUGCAAGAAACUGUAGCGACAUACUCAGCUACAGCCAGUCAACGUCCGCCUAGGAAGGGGACAUCUUCAGGAGGUCGCCCAUUCCAACACUCCACUGAAACACGAAAACAAAUGUCUAGGCUUGCACCUUCUUUCGAUAAACCACUAAGAAGUAUGGAUAGUCAAAAAGAAGGGUCAAAAACCCAGACUCGCACAGGUAAGAAGGCUACUCCUUCAGGAAGAAAUGAGCAGAGGACUGGAUCUGAAAGAGGCGCGCAAGGCACAUCGGGUAGACUUCAUUCGUCUACAAAAUCCAAGACCAAGAAAAAGAUUGUGUAGCUCGCGUGCGGCAAAUGAAGAUUUAAAAUCAUAUCUGGUCUUGAAAAGAAAGAUAAAUCACAAUCCGUAGAGUUUAAUGGAUAAGAAUGUGUAAUUUAAGUAAAUGACACUCCUUAUUGGAGCUGCAAAAAUUAGUGAAAGUAUCUUAGGAAUUUUAUAUUCUGUGUAAAAAAAUCGUAAAAAAAUUUGGAAUUGUGGGAGAUAUAUUCAGAGAUAGGUGGCACCUCUAUUUAACGGACACCUUUGGGAAUAGAGGUUUGUUUUACAGUAAAUAUGGAAAGAUACGGGACAGUAUAACUGGUUAUCUAGUCUUCUUUAAUGCGCGAUUACACGGAGAAAUUUUCUCUGCAACUUGUUUCGCAACGUUGUACCACAAGAUGCAAGAGUGUUUACACGGUGCAAAGGAGAAGCAAUUGCUGCCAAAAGUAGAAACGACAUCUUCCUUUUGCAACACUUGCUGCAAUUUUUUUUUUCAAAUCGCGCUGUAGGUUACGCGUUGCAAUGCUUUAUGCAACAUCUAACGUAACGUCCGGUGUUGUGCGAGAAUUUGCAGAGAAAAUGUCCGUGUUAUCGCGCCUUUAGCACCCGUUUUAGGGUCGUCACGCCACGCGAUUCCUCAACGUAUGUUCUGCUUACUCAGCCAUCCGUUUGACGAGGGAUGUUUGUUUAUAGGCGUACCACUCUAUCUGUAAAUUUAGUGAUUAAAUAAUUCAUUUUUGUAUAGUUUUCAUGGCAUAUAACUUAGUUUUAAAAAAUGUGUAAACUAAUGUCAUAUUAGACAAUAAAAUCCGUAGUUCUGAAA